AUGAAGGGCGUGCCCGUGACCGAGGUUGAUUCAGUUGAUCGGCCGCAGCUGCACCUUCGCCAGGUGACGGACGGCCGCCACUUCGUGCAGCUCAUCUACUCGGGCGAGGACGAGCUCCGGGACUGCGAGUACGUGACGCACGCGCCCACCGUGCACGCCUUCCUCGACACCUUCCGCCACGACAUGGAGGCCGUGCGGCACGGCGGCGGCGGCGACGCGGGCGCCAGGAACGUGACGGUGCGCGUCCUCGGCGACGACGAGGCCCUCCCCGACGACCUGGCGGCGUGGCUCGACUACCCGCGGCUGCGCGAGGCGUGCGAGGAGAACCACAACCAGAUCAGGAGGCUCCUCGACGGCCACCAGCGGGGGGAGGAGUCCGCCAAGCACGAGCUGGAGAGGCGGAAGCGCAGCCUCCAAGACGCGCUCAUGGCACCGGGGACCAAGUGGUGCGGCAAGCACCACCGCGCCGACACCUACUCGUCGCUGGGCGCCUUCAGCCACACGGACCGCUGCUGCCGGCGGCACGACCAGUGCAAGAUGGCCAUCCCGUCCUUCGCCACCAAGUUCGGCCUCUUCAACCACCGGCCCUUCACCAUCAGCUACUGCGGCUGCGACAAGAGGUUUCGGACGUGUCUGAAGGUGGCCGGCAACGGGCCCGCCAACCUGGUGGGCAAGCUGUUCUUCAACGUGGUGCAGACCAAGUGCUUCGUUCUCAAGCCCAAGAAGGUCUGCCUCAAGACCUCGUGGUGGGGCAAAUGCAUCAAGUGGCAGGUGAAGAAACAAGCCCAUCUCAGAGACAAUACGCCCUAUUGAGCUUACCUGGGCCGGACCAUACCCUCCCUCUCCUCCAACAUUACCAAAUCGUUUUUGGUCCUAAGGACUCUUACCUCUGUAGUACAUUUGUAAAUAUUUGUAUUUAUGUAAUUAUCUUUUUAAAUAUGACUGAGUGUGUGUACGUAUGGUGUGAAAUAGGUGCGAUAGGGUAAGCAAGUGGUCUCGUGUCUUGUGCGCGAAGCGCCUCGCCGCGAUUUUAAAAAUGUGUCUUGGAGCAGUUCUUAUUGUUAAAUAUACUGUGUAAAUUACUCGUGAAUAGAUGGAAUUCCUUCAGUCUAGUCUCUUUGAUUCUGCCAUUUCAGUAACUUGUGAAUUCGUAUCAAAUAUCAAAUCAUAAAUUAGGGUAGAGAGGAAAUGAUUUUAAUAAAUUUGUCACAACAUACCAUCUCCUCUACUCCGGAGAAUUAGUAUGUACCUGUAGUUUUGUAUAGUAUUCAACGACAGUCGAAUGAGGUAUUCAGUAUCUCACUGAACAUUUUGUACUUUUUGAAGUGACUGCACAAUGAACGUUUCAUGAGGCUACGACGCUAGUAGAGCGCAUGCUACGUGCUGAAUAGGCCAACCUGCCACGCAGCUGUGUGAAGACGGUGGCCCUCCCCAGAGCGCUCAAGGUGCGGGGUGCUACGGGCAAGUCAACGUUAGACGCCCAACUCGGGGAACGUUCAUUGUGGGUAGAAGCGCCUUUAGGUUGACUCGGUGCGACCAAGUAAUGAAGAAAAUGACAAUAAGUGACGAAGCGGAUGUAUUCCUCAAACCAUGACAAUAGGAGCUUGCAAACUGUUUUAAGGGGUAAAUUAUGUAUUACCAACGGGAAACCGUCACAUAUAGCUUAAGGCCUAAGUUAAAAUCGAGGUGUACAUCAGUCCUAACACAUACAGACUUCCACUCCACUACUAUGUACUACGAAUUGCAUAAUAUCAUCAUGCUUUUUCCAGAACGUUUUCAUAAGUAUUAUUGGUUUUUACUUUAUCGCGUGUACCGACUCAAGUGAUGUACUCCUCGGUUAGAAGGCAUAACCAAUGUAACAUGCCGCAAAGUCCUAAUCAUGGCUUCAAGAACAGCCAUUAACGGGUCGGGCAUUCGCUAUUCACACAAGUAAGUGGUGAAUGCCCGCGAAAUUUGUGAUACCUGAAGGGGAGACAACAGAUCUGUCCCCUCUUCAUUAUAAUAUAAUGUAAUUUAUGGUAAAUGAAUUGUAUUAUUACCUUACAUUGUUGCCAAUAUCCUAAAUGUCUAAUUUAUGAUUGUUAAUGUAUGUUUUUUGUGGUUACGUCUCCUCAACAAGACGCAACAGUACAAUCCUUUAUUUUUUUGUUGAAUGGCAAUGAACUGUGUAGAUUAUUGGUCGUUUACUUGUACGCACUAGUAGACAGGCUUUUGUAUUGUAAAUAAUAAUAAUCAAUGAUCAA